AUGAAACUCAAACGGUUCCUCGUCAGAUAUUUUCCACCAGGUAUAAUCUUGGAAUAUGACAAAGGAGGAGAUUUGUGGACCAAAUCAGUCGACAUUUUGGAUUUGACUACAGAGACUAACCCAGAUGAGUUGCUGGCAGAGAUCAGGUGGUUAGAGCCUCUGAUCACAGAGUCCCAGGCUGAUCAGGUCAAGCAGCUGAUCAUUCGACUUCAGCAGAAACAGGGCCAGCAGGACAAUCGCAGGUUCUGUUGCAUCCAGGAGCUUAAGGUACACAUCCUGCCACUGACAAAUGUUGCCUUUGACAAAUCAGGAUCAAGGUUUAUAACGGGGAGCUACGACAGGACAUGCAGAGUUUGGGACACAGCCUCAGGCACAGAGCUGCACAGGCUGGAGGGUCACACAAACGUGGUGUUUGCUAUCGCCUUCAACAACCCCUAUGGAGACAAGGUUGCCACCGGCUCUUUUGAUAAGACCUGCAAAAUGUGGUGCGCUGAGACGGGCAAGUGUUUUCAUACCUUUCGUGGACACAUGGCAGAAAUAAUGUGCCUGGCGUUCAACCCCCAGAGUACACUGGUGGCCACAGGCAGCAUGGAUGCCACUGCCAAGCUGUGGGAUGUGGAGACUGGGGAGGAGGUAGCCACUCUGACUGGUCACACUGCAGAGAUCCUCUCUCUGUCCUUUAACACAGUGGGAAGUCAGCUCAUUACUGGCUCCUUUGACCACACCGUUGCUAUAUGGGACGUUCCUUCAGGAAGAUGUGUCCACACUCUGAUUGGUCACAGGGGAGGAAUCAGCAAUGCUCAGUUUAACUGGGAUUGCUCCCUCAUAGUCACAGGCUCCAUAGACGAAACCUGCAAGUUGUGGGAGGCAGCCAGUGGGAAGUGUGUGGCCACCCUAGACGGACACAAGAAAGAGGUGCUGGAUGUGUGCUUUGAUUUAAGUGGUCAGCUCAUUGCUACUGCCUCUGCUGAUGGUACGGCGCGAGUGUUCAGUGCAACCACACAUCAGUGUCUCGUGACCCUUGAGGGCCAUAUCGGGGAGAUCACUGAUAUCUGUUUCAGCCCCCAGGGGAAGAGGGUCCUCACCGCCAGUUCAGACAGGACAGCCCGUCUGUGGGAUGUUCAGUCUGGAGUCUGCCUACAAGUUCUGGAGGGGCACACCGAAGAGAUCUUCUCCUGCAUCUUCAACUAUGAGGGUGACACUAUCAUUACAGGCAGCAAGGAUAACACAUGCAGGAUCUGGUCCUGA